AUGAAUCAACCUCCAGGCUUUGCGGAUGCUCGUCAUCCUGAUUAUGUUUGCAAGCUCAAUAAAGCUAUCUAUGGUCUUAAGCAGGCUCCCCGUGCGUGGUUUCAUCGCCUCAGCUCGUUUUUAGUGCAACAUGGUUUUUACUGCAGUCGUGCGGAUCCCUCUCUUUUUGUGUUUCGUCGGGACUCGUGUAUCAUGUAUCUGUUAGUGUAUGUUGAUGAUUUGAUUGUUACUGGCUCGGAUGCUGUUGUUGUGUCAUCUUUCAUUUCUCGACUACACGCCGAGUUUCGCAUUAAGGAUCUUGGGCGUUUGAACUAUUUUCUUGGGCUUGAGGCCACUCAUCAUCCCACAGGCUUGUUUCUCAGCCAAGCUAAGUAUGCUCACGACAUCGUCACGCACGCCGGUCUUCUCAAUGCCAAGCCUAUGCCUACUCCUCUUGCUACCAACGCUUCCCUUGUUAGUGGUGGCCCUCUUUAUGAGAAUCCGACUCACCAUCGGUCCUUGGUUGGUGCCCUUCAAUAUUUGACGAUUACGAGACCCGAUAUUUCUUACGCUGUUAAUCAAGUUAGCCAAUUUCUUGCCGCCCCAACGAUUGCUCAUUUUCAAGCUGUUAAACGACUUAUUCGCUAUGUCAAGGGAACCCUCUCGUUUGGUCUCACUUUCUCACGGCCUCCGACUAUUAAGCUUGUUGGCUACUCUGAUGCCGACUGGGCUCGUUGCCUUGAGACUCGCCGCUCCACCUAUAGAUACUCGAUAUUCCUGGGGGAUAAUCUUGUGUCAUGGAGUGCGAAGAAGUAG